AUGGCCGCCAGCGCCUCCUCCAUUUGUGGUCGGCGCGCGCGGGACCUGGAGCGCGAGCGUGGAGGUGGUGCCAUUAUGGGAAGUGCGGCGGCGGCGCGGUUGGUGACGUCCACGGAGACCGUAUGGAGCGCGGCAGCGCAGGUCAGCGCAGCGGCGGGACCUCGCUUGCGGCCACCGCGUCUCGUGCGGCGUCGCACAGUAACGAAGCCCUCCUCGUCAACUGUAGGUGCGACGCCACACGUCAAAGGGGCGACCGCUGGCGGCGCGCCCAUGGGCGGAUGUUGA